ACAGUUUACAAACACAUACUUCACUUGCCUGAGACGUUGAUUCUUCCGGAAACGCCUGAAUUUAGCUUUUAAACAUGAGUCUAUUCGAGUCGAAGUUUUGAAAUUUCGAAUUCAGAGCGCAAGCAUUGAGUUACUCUAUUCUAUAAACGAGAGCAAGCCUUAUGGCUAAAAAAAUUGAGUAGUAAGCCAGCGACAUAUACAAUUAUGACCGAUCAGUAGGCGAUCUGUAAUGCCGGCCCGACUGCGUUACUUAUCGACAAGAAAAACUCUACAGCGUUUUCGCUUACCGACAGAUGCUGAAAUUUACAGAAUUACGGACGGACACUUGAACUCUUAAACAGAAGCAAACGUUAGCGGUGGCCUAUCUCGACUAUUGUAAACACAUUUGUUGACCUAUGGCUGUUCGUAUGACUCACGUUGAUUUGGAUAAAUUGGUUAUCUCAAGCUGAGCACUAUCUGCCUUUACCAAACUGAUGUCAAACUGCGGUCAGGCUUGAGCCUCGCUUUGAUACAAUAUGCGAUUAUCAUAUCAGUAUUCUUUUACAGCACGUCAAUGCAGAGGCAGGAGCUUCCUCCGCGAUUUACAGUGCCGUGAUACGUAAAAAUACAGUAACGGUGUCAAGUCCAUUGUAAGAAUAGGUCACGUGUGCGAGCUUUAGUAUGAAUCAGAAUAAAACUAUAUGUAGCAGUUAAAACUCAUUCAAUAUCGCUUAAUCAGAUAUCGAUUGCCCAACUUUGAACCUAACGAGAAUCAAUGAUAACACGCGAAGUUCCGACGCAAGAAGGAAUUAAAAUUUGUAGUGAACAAAACGAUUCUGCGAUGUCGACCGUUCCUCUUUUAGCGGAUUAUCGAGCUCGGCGAGCUGCCGAUGACAAUAAAAACCAGAAUGUAUUACGGUGAGACAUUUCUAAUUUUAAAUGUCAUGUGCUAAUUGAAGAUUGUAAUAACAAUGGCACGAUUUGAGACUGUGUUUUCGUAUCUCGUCGUAAUUCACAAACCAGCCAAAAUGCGACCAUCCAAAACAGCGAUAAUAAUUUUGUACGUAGUCGGGGCACUAUUGCUAAUCGGAGGUAUCGUAGUUGGAUUAUCUUGGAUGAGGAUAUUCAAUCAUAUACUCCUGAAGGAAUUAAUAUUAACGCCAACGUCGACAAGUUAUGAUAUGUGGAAAGAGACACCGAUUCCUAUGUAUCUGAAAUUACACCUUUACAAUUGGACCAAUACCGAAGAGUUCUCUAAUAACGCUACUACAAAGCCCAAUUUCGUGGAAAUGGGCCCUUAUGUUUUUAGAGAAGAACAUAUAAAAGUGAACCAGACUUGGAACGAUAAUGGGACAAUAACAUUCCAACAGCGGAGGAUAUGGCAUUUCGAUGAAUCCAUGUCAAAUGGAAGUCUUGAUGAUGAGAUAACAAAUUUAAAUGUUAUCGGUGUGACAGUCGGUCACUUUGUACGAAAUGAGAAUAUCGCCGUUCGCUUGGCAGUGAACCUUAUGUUGGAAAGAUAUGGAGAGAGUUUAUUUGUCACCAAGACUGCAAGAGAACUUCUGUUCGAGGGGUAUUCCAACGCAUUUCUUGAUUUUGUUCACACUUUGGAUAUCCCUGGUGUCAAUAUUCCUUUCGAAAAGUUUGGAUGGUUCUAUGGGCGUAAUCUUUCAGACACGUACGACGGCGUGUUUAACAUGCAUACUGGCGUGGAAGAUGUGUUAAAUCUAGGGGUAUUAGAAAAUUGGAAUUAUAGGAACAGAACCGAUUUCUGGAGUGGAGAAUGCAGCAUGAUAAGGGGGACGACUGGGGAACUAUGGCCACCAGUCGACCGUGACGAAAGCAUAGAGAUAUUUGCCCCAGACAUUUGCACAUCACUAGUAUUGUCGCGUGCUAAUGAUACCAAAAUCUUAAACGUCGAAGGGCACAGAUACAUCACUGACAGAGCUACGUUCGAUAAUGGUAGUACAGUCCCAUCCAGAGCCUGUUAUUGUAUAAAAGAACCGUGCCAGCCAAGCGGAAUGCUGGAUGUAUCAGAGUGCAGAUUUGGCGCACCUGCUUACGUUAGCUUGCCACAUUUUUAUCAGGCGGACGAUUACUAUGCUAAUGCCAUAACCGGAAUGGAGCCCAGAGAAGGAAAAUACAACUUCGAAAUGGUUCUAGAACCAACCACGGGAAUUCCACUCAAUGUCAAAGCGCAGAUGCAGAUUAAUAUUCUAGUUGAACCAGUAAAUGGAAUAGCAUUGCUCACUGGCAUCCCAGCAGAAACGUAUAUUCCGAUGCUGUGGUUUAGCCAAGAAGCUCAAUUAUCAGAGGAGCUGGCAAGCCAAAUGAAAAUGCUGCUCGAGCUUCCUAUGUUGGGCCACGUGGGGUUCACUAUUAUAGGUGCUAUCGGACUUGUGCUACUUUCCAUUGGUAUCUGUUUGUGUAUUUGUCGAAGAUGUCGAAGUGAAGAGAAUCAGUCGUUAAUAGAUGCCGAGGAUUCCAACAAUCCGUCAAAGUCUGACCCAGUGCAAACGUGAUGUUAAAACAUUUUUACAGCGUAUUAAACAUCUUUGAGUUUUAAUUGUUUAACAUACUAUGUUAGACACCUUUUUGGUAAAUAUACACACGAAGAGAACAAGCAAUACUUCAGAACGAUGCAGCUUGAGCUCCUACUUGUGGAAAUGAUGAGCUUUAAGAUAUUACACAAAUUUGAAUAUGUAUUAGACGGUCAAUUUUAUCCGGAUAUUAGGACCCUAAAAAUUUUUGUUUAAAUUUACCAAUUGUAAAUAUAAAUCAGUUGAUUACAUAUGAGUGAAUCGUGUAGCGUGGUCCUUAAAAAGGUAAUUUUUGAAUUUCGACCGGCUUCACCCCCAAAUUGACUCCACAUAAUUCAAAAAUAAUUCCAUCAUUUUUUCAGAUUUCUAUCUCAACUCUAGCCUGUGCCCCAAAGAGGGUGGAUUCCAUUCAAUCCUUUCGGGGGCACAUCAAAUUUACCAAACGAAUUUAGAUGAAAUUCAGAUUCGAAAUCAGUGAUCCAAAAAACCUCCCUAUGCCAAAUUUCAUCCAAAUCUGUUUGGUAGAUUUGAUGUUACCCUGAAAGGGUUCACUAUGGAAAUCCAUUCUCCUUGGAGCACGGGUUAAAGUUGAGAUAAAAAUCUGAAGAAAUUAGGGAAUUAUUUUUGAAUGAUGUGGCGUCAAUUUGCGCGGUGAGCCGACCGCAAUUCAAAAAUGACCUUUUUAAGGACCAUCCUAGUGAACACUCUUUUCAAUAGCAUUAUGUAAUGCAUCCCAUGUGAUAGACAAGUGCCUGAGGAGUAAACAGUGUACCUACUGUAGGUGUCUCGUUCAAUACGAAGCUUUUGACCCGAACGAGUGUUCAUCCCGGUUCAGUUUAGUACGUAAAAGAUUUUUCUUCGACAUGGCAACCCUUGAUUAUUACACUAAUCAAUCAGUUAUACUGUCAAUCGAAUAAGUUUCGAAAUUUUUACGUUGACUUAUGUACAUCAUUUUUAUCAUUUAAAAAUAGAGCUUACCGACUUUGUUACACAUUGCCCAUUGCCCAAAUACAAUUACUUUUGUAGUACCGUUAUCGUUGAAGUCGUGAGAACGUGCGGAUGAUUUUCUUCUAAUGGUGUCGAAAAUCUGUAUGAAUUUUGCGUAUUAAUGGGCUUUGCUAGGUUACAUUAGGUUAAAAUAUAUACCAGUACUCGUUAUUGCUUACUUAUAUUUAAUUCUGACUGUUCAAUACUCCGUGGGAAGACACAAGAGAAGAAAACCUCCGAAAGGGGGAGAAAAAUCAAGCAAGUAAAAAGAUAUUCCCACGACUUGGAAUGGCGAAUUAAUAGAGUAGGCCAUUCGCACAUAUGUCAACUAUUUUUUAUUGUGAUAAAAUAUGUUUGAAAUAAAAAUAUGUAUUUAUUUACAAAUAUAA